AUCUGGAAACGAUAGCGAACCUGUCUUUCUUAUCAGUUUAAUUUGCCGGUCUAAUACAUGUCACACUUAAUACAAUUAGCGUUUAUACAUUAAUCAUUCGUAUUUCGUCAUCAAUGUGUUGUGUUCUGCUCUUCACGCUGUGUCGCUGACUCACAACCAUCCGGACGGACGUGAGACCAUAAGAAAAUCGCGUUCUGUCUAGUCAUGCUAAGGGUGAAGCAAAUUUCCACUGAUCUUAUGUCCCCGUACCGGUGGGGGCAUUCACUGGGAAUGGAAGAAGUCAUCUUACGCUACACAUGAACCAUGAAGUGCAGCAACAUUCGGAUCGCGUGAUUUAUUUUUAGUCCCGGAUGCCGAUGCCGGGCAACUGCAACAUCAUACCGCUGGUUGCAAAACCCUAAACCACCGGCGCCACCGUCGAUCGUUCUUAAUCAGACUCGUAAAUGUUGCGUAUCUCUUCGCGCGUAACGCCGGUACGGCAAUCAUGGCAAAUUGAAACGACACGACGGCAGCGAUACCGUCUUCGUAUGGGUCUGUGUCUUCCGCGGGAUGUGCAGUUCAAACAUCGUCAAUGGUCAAUGGUGGUACAGUGAAGUGUUUGUGUGCUUUAUGCCGGCAGCGAUCGCAGCGAGGGUUUGGCCCGCGCAGAUAGCUUGCAACCAUCGGCGGAAGAUGACGAGAAUGUACCUAAUAUCGGCAGCGAUACUAUGGCUAUUGGUAGCGACACCAAACCUUGCCAACGCACAAACAUCAAUCGGUGCCAGCGUAGUUCUCGAUCCUCAAGAUGUGACGGUGAUCGUCGGCGAACGGCAACAGUUUCUGGCGAAGGUGCGCGGAAAGCUAUCCGAAGACGUACGGUUGAAUUUCUCCAAGGAACACACAGAUUUCGUUGAGGUUGCACCAAGUUCGAUAUUGAUAACCCCGGACAGUGGUGACUUCAUUGAUCGGGUGUAUGAAAUCGAUCUGGUUGGAUUAUCUCCCGGUCAGUUCGAUCUCGAAGCAGAAGUAUCACCAUCCGGACUGAUCGAUGAUACGGCUGCGUUCAUACGCGUCACCGUGGCAAACUCCCAGCCAAUCAUUGUGAUCUCGAGCGUGAUCGGGUGGAUCUAUUUCGCUGCCUGGACCGUUUCCUUUUGGCCCCAGAUGAUCGUCAACUAUCGGCGGCAGAGUGUGGUUGGCCUUUCGUUCGACUUCCUUACACUGAAUCUCGUCGGCCAUUCGGUGUACGCAGCGUUCAACUGUGCACUGUACUGGAGCGGAUACAUCGAGCAGGAGUACCUCGACCGUAAUCCCCGUGGGCUUAAUCCGGUACUGACAAAUGAUGUUGCGUUUUCGAUACACGCUACCAUUGCCACACUUCUCACCGUGGCACAGUGUUUCAUCUAUGAGCGUGGCGAACAAAAGGUGUCCCGAAUUGCGUGGGGAAUUAUCGUGAUCUUUGUUAUCGUGAUCGUCGUGGCGAGUAUUCUCGUCGGUACGGAAACCUUCCACUGGUUAGACUUUCUGUAUGUGCUUAGCUACAUCAAGCUGUCGGUGACACUGAUCAAAUAUGUACCCCAGGCGGUACUGAACUUCCGGCGCAAGAGCACUGUUGGCUGGAGUAUAGAGAACGUGCUGCUAGACUUUACUGGCGGUAUGCUCAGUAUGCUACAGAUGCUGCUGAAUGGAUACAAUUAUGAUGAUUGGGCUUCCAUUUUCGGAGAUCCAACAAAGUUUGGGCUUGGAUUGUUCUCAGUUCUAUUCGACAUUCUGUUUAUAGUGCAGCAUUACAUCCUCUACAGAAAUCGUGCAGAGGCAAAAACGCUCCAAGAGGACUCCUCGACGACGAAUACCACCGUCAGCAAUGGAGGCAGCAAGGAUAUUACUGUACGUUACAUUUGUAUUCGUUUGGAAAUAAUACCUUUCAUCAAAAUUGCAGCAACGACAGCGGCUCAGAGCAAUCAAACGCAAUUGCGGUUACAAUUUGGACCACAGGAUACAACUGUUAUUGUAGGUGAUACGAAAAUCGUAACGCUACGGUUACACGGACCCCUAUUCGUGAGCGUAACCGUCAACUUUACCCAAACGAAUGUCACUAAUGGCAUGGAUUAUGUGCAAUUAACGCCCGAUACGAUCGAGUUCGAUCCUCCUGUUUCGAACUUUAUCGAUCGUUCCGAGCGCAUAUCGUUGCACGGUUUGCGGGCAGGAAUAUUCGAUCUGCUGGCACACCUGUCACCGGCCAGUGCGCUCAUCGAUCAAAGCCAGGCGUUUGUGCGCGUAACGGUAGCAAAAUCGUGGAGCCUUAUCAGCGCAUCGUCGGUGAUCGGAUGGGCAUACUUUCUCGCCUGGACAUGGUCAUUCUGGCCGCAGAUAUGGGAAAAUCGAACCCGUGCCAGUGUAGUUGGUCUUUCGUUCGAUUAUCUUGCGCUCAAUCUGUUGGGCCACACGAUGUAUGCAGCGUUCAACUGUGCGCUGUUUUGGAACGGUUCCAUCCAGGAGGAAUAUCUGCGGCGUAAUCCGCGCGGGUUAAUACCGGUGCUUGCGAACGAUGUGGCCUUUUCGCUGCAUGCCACGUUUGCUACCGGGUUGAUAAUUGUGCAGUGCUUCUUCUACGAGCGUGGCCAACAGAAAGUGUCCUACACGGCACGUGCACUGAUGACUGUCUUUGCGCUGGUUGUGCUGAUGUCGGGCGUAUUGGUUGCAACCGGUACGUACCGUUGGCUCGAUUUCUUCUACAACCUCAGCUACAUUAAGCUCGCCGUUACGUUGGUGAAGUACAUACCGCAGGCCGUGCUAAACUAUCGGCGCAAAAGCACCGUUGGAUGGAGCAUUGGUAACGUGCUGCUCGACUUUACCGGAGGAUUUUUUAGCAUGGUGCAGAUGCUAGUCAACGGGUACAAUUAUGACGAUUGGGAUUCCAUCUUCGGUGAUGGUGCCAAAUUUGGGUUAGGACUUUUCUCCGUUCUGUUCGAUGUGCUCUUUAUCGUGCAACACUACAUCCUCUACAGAAACUCCAAUUAUAUUGAACUUCAAGGUGAAAGUUAUCCCGGUCCCGGAAGUGUUACUACCGCUCCCAGGCAAGAUGUAUCGACUUGAGUGCGAGCAUCAUCGGCAGUGCUGCUUACGCAUUCAAAUGGACUGGAAUUACCAAGGAGCUAGCUAAUCAUUUGCUAGCGAUAUUGAUAUAUUCGAAAGACUUAUUACAUUGAAUAAAUUUUACAUUUAGUAGGUAAAUAA